CUCCUUGCCACCGGAAGUGAGGCUGAGGGAAAGUGCCCACUUCCGGUCCCGAGCCGGAAGUGCACGAGGAAGGGUUGAACCAUAGAGCGUGGGAGCGCAGAGUGUCGCUGGCGAUGCGGUUCAACGAGCGGGAGCUGCUGUCUCUCUCUCGGCAGCCGGCGGAGAAGGCGGCCGAAGUGCUGAUGCGGGCGCCCAAGAAGGGCAGCGCACUCAAGAAGCGCCUGGUGAAGCUGGUGGUCAACUUCCUCUUCUAUUUCCGGACGGACGAAGCCGAGCCCAUUGGCGCUUUGCUGCUGGAACAUUGCCGGAUCAUCCAAGAAGAAGAAAAUGUCUUCUCAAUCAGUUUCCUGGAGGAGCCAGAGCGGAAAUACUACUUUGAGUGCGACACGGAGGAGCAAUGCCAGGAAUGGAUUGAGGUGCUGAGGCGGGCCAGUUACGAGUUCAUGAGGAGCAGCUUGAUCUUCUACCGAAACGAGAUCCAGAAGAUGACCGGAAAGGAUCCCUUGGAACAGUAUGGCAUUUCGGAAGAAGCGCGUUUCCAGUUGGGAACACGGAAACUGUAGCCUUGAAUACACAGCAUGGUGUCCUCAGCCUAUUCCAACUCCCAUCGUGCCUGGAGUCUGCCGACGGCCCAAGCCUCCUACUCAGGGCUUCUCUAUGGAGCUGAAACCAUGACCAAGUGACUUUCCCCUUCAUGAGUUUAUUUUAAACAAGUUUAUGGGAGGAUUCUUCUCAUUUUAGGAAGUGGGUGAAGUCUCAUUUGUACGUAUCCACCUCCUUCCCCCUCGUCUUCUCAGCAGUUUUGGCCUUUUUUUAACAUCCUAUUUUUAUUUUUUACAAAAUUAGCUUUGGCCCAAAUAAUGGAGAAAAUGAUCAGUUUAGGAAAAUUGUCGUUUUAAUAGUUUGACACAGCCACCGACCCCAAAAUGCCUUCUGCAAUCCUGUUUGUGAAGACAAAGGAAAGAGGCGUUUGCCACUUUUAAUUCCCCUCUGUAUCGUUCUUUGGCAAGCCCCCUCUGAAGAAAUCUUGCCACAAAAACCCCACAAUAGGUGUGCCUUAGUCAGAAAUGACUUGAAAGGCACACAACAACAACUGUCAUUCUUUGCACAAUGUUGAAGCAGGUGAACGUCUCUCAAUGAGUGACCGCACCUCACUGUGAGCGCACUCUUGCUCUUUCUCUGAAGCAGAAAGGCAGUGUAAAUCUUUACUCUUGAAGCAAACCUCUCCUGGUGAUGAAAGUAUGCUCUCCUCCUUAACUAAGCUAGUAAUGCAAAGGGAUUUUGGUUUUAGUUUCCAAGCUUAGUCUAUCCUUUGCCACCAUCUUGUGUUCAGUACCUGGGAGAGGCUGUGUAUUCCUUCCCUCAGGCGCUCCUAGGGGGCAAUCGGACUACAAGGAGUGGGAUCCCGUGGCCCACCAAAAACAGCUUGGACUUCCAACUCCCAGAAUCCCCAACGUGGCCAAACGGUACGGGAAGUUGGGGCUUAGAACAUCCAAAAGGCCAGAUUUUCAGGGCUUUAAAGUGGGAUAUGGCAUAGGAAGCAGUUUUCUAUUUUGUUGCACCUUGCUGGCAACCCUUAAAAGUGCCGUUACUCUUCUUACCCCAAGGCGGAAGAAGCAUAAAUACCCUGCAGUCUUCCCCAUUCUUCUAGACCCUGCGCUUAGCCCUCGGGAGGCUAUAGAGCCAUUCUCAGCACCAAAGACCACUACUGAGACUUGUGUGCUCUGCCUUUCACAAAACAGGGAGACGGUGCUGAUUUUCCUUUCUUUGCAGAAUUCCUUUAUCUAGAAAACCUUUUCUUUUUGGCCUGUUCUUUUAUUCUUUCUCUCUUCUCCCCCCCAACUUUUGGGGCUGGCAGCUGAAUGUAUUUUUUAAAAACCUGCUGUGAAAUUUUUGUGAGGGCAUUCUGAAAUCUUCCUUCUGUGGGGGACUCAGUAUGGAAGAUGCCCAUCAAGAAGGGGUGGCAUAUGCCAUUUAGAGUGUUUUCUGGGCGCUUCAGAAGCUCAGCGUUUGACCAGUUUACAUCCAAAAACCUUCCCUCCUCCCCACCGCUCUGUUCCCUGCUAGCAGCCGGUUUUAUUACUUCUGUACAUUCAAUGAAAAGAUUGUUUUCUCCUUGAAA